AAAGGAGAAGAAGAAAAAUACUCUCUUGUGACUUUUGCGACAGAAGUGAUAGACACAGCCCUCAGACCAUGCUGACCUUUUACUUCCUAUUCUCUUACUGCCUCUGAGGUAUCUGCUAACAUAUGUGGAUUUAUUCUAUUUGACAGGUUUUUGGAGCAAGUUGUUUUUAAUUGUUGCUCCAUGUUUACAGUACAAAGGACUUCUUUUCAUGAAGUGCAGCUCCUGCUUCUAAUAAAAGUGUUUUAACAAUAAGCUUAAAACCACAGUUUUAAGUGGGAGGACGGACUCCAAGGACAAGUGAAAAGUGCUCCUGAGAGAGAGAGACAGACCCAGGCAGCUUUCACACAGUGAUUACUUUUCUUGAAGGGGACACUUCAAUCAAAAUUGCAAGGACAGCAAAGAAACUGAAGGACUAUUAAGCUAGAGUCUACAACAACCUGGUGUGUCAGUGUGACCCACUCCUAGACCGAUGGAGGUCCCUGCAGGAGUGCUGUUGUUCUUGCUGUAUGGUCUGGUCUAUGGAGCCCAGCGGCCCCACAGAAACACUCAGAAGAGCAACACCCUGGGCAGAAAAAGGUUUGAGAGCAGCGUGGAUAUGCUGAGGAGUGAGUUCCUUUAUGCUGGUCAGAGGAGCAGACGGGCAUCCACCGACCCGCAGCGACAUGACCAGUGUUCGUAUACCUUCAUUGUUCCCCAGCAAAGGGUGACAGGGGCCAUUUGCGUGAACCACAAGGAGUCAGACACCGUGCCGGAGAACCCCAUCAACAAGCAAGAGCUGGAGCAGGUGAACGGGGAGCUGCAGAUGCAGAAGAGGCAGAUCGAGACACUGCAGCAGCUGGUGGUGGUGGACGGAGGAAUCGUCAAUGAGAUGAAGCUGCUGAGAAAGGAGAGCAGGAACAUGAACUCCAGGGUGACCCAGCUCUACAUGCAGCUGCUCCAUGAGAUCAUCCGAAAAAGGGACAACGCCCUGGAGCUCUCACAGAUGGAGAACCGCAUUCUGAAUCAGACCUCUGAGAUGCAGCAGCUCACCAACUGCUACAAGGACCUGGAGCACAAGUACCAGCUUCUAACCUCUGUAGCUAACAACCAGUCGCUCCUAAUUCACCUGCUGGAGGAGCAGUGCCAGGGUCAGCCAGUCGGUCCGCCUCGCCCCGUUCCUGUACCCCGGCCUCAGCCCCUACCAUCGCCAUCACCGCCCAUCAACAAGCCUUACCAACCUCCCACCUACCCACGUCUCAUCAAUCAAAUCACCAACGAGAUCCAGAGUGACCAGAAGUCUUUGCAGCCUGUCCUUCCUACCAUGCCUAGCGGCACAGGCAGCCCUUUCACCACUAACAAACCUUCUGGGCCAUGGAUGGACUGCCUGCAGUCUCUGGAAAAUGGUCAAACCGCAAGUGGGAUUUACUUGGUGAAGCCAGAAAACAGCAACAGACUGAUGCAGGUCUGGUGUGACCAGAGAAGUGAUCCUGGAGGCUGGACCGUCAUUCAAAAGAGGCUGGAUGGCUCUGUCAACUUCUUUAGGAACUGGGAGACUUACAAACAAGGCUUUGGGAACAUUGAUGGCGAGUACUGGCUGGGCCUGGAAAACAUCUACUGGCUGACCAACCAAGGGAACUACAAACUGCUAGUGACUUUGGAAGACUGGUCCGGCAGAAAGGUGUUUGCAGAGUAUGCUAGCUUUAGAGUGGAGGCAGAGGCAGACUUCUACAAGCUCAGGGUGGGCCGUUACCAUGGGAAUGCUGGAGACUCCCUUACUUGGCACAACGGCAAACAGUUCACAACACUGGACAGAGACCACGAUGUGUACUCAGGUAACUGUGCCCACUACCAGAAAGGAGGCUGGUGGUACAAUGCAUGUGCCCACUCUAACCUCAAUGGAGUAUGGUACAGAGGAGGACACUACAGGAGUCGCUACCAAGAUGGAGUCUACUGGGCUGAAUUCAGAGGAGGGGCUUACUCCCUGAAGAAAGUAACUAUGAUGAUACGACCAAAUCCAAACACUUUCCAUUAAAUAUCUAUGAACAAUCCAUUUAGUACCCCUUUUUUAGUGAAACCGUUAAUUUAAACAACUCUUGAACACAGACAAUGUCACACAGUCAGAAAAGAUGAUGUUGACAUAGUAAGUGCAAUAAUGUAAGGCUCAGGCAGAACGCUUGGACAAACUAUCAGGGUGUAUCCUUUUCCAUGUUGCUCCAAAAGCAAACACUCCCACUUGCAUGGCUGUUUUCUUGCUUCUUUCUCUAGAAAUUGAGUUAGAAUGCGUGUAUUUUCUAUACAUUAUGGAAGGUGUACUGUUUCCUCAAAACGGUUUGUACGGUCUAUAUCCCCCAAAACUCAGUGCUCAAGCAAGGACACUCAUGAGAGAAUCCACAGAGACAACCAUCUGUUCAUAGGUUAACCUACAAUGUAAGAAAGGAGACAAAGACCAAGAUGAUGCAAAGAAACCCAAAGUGCUAACAAUGCCCAUGCCAAAAAAAACAACUCUUAGGUGGACUACGGUGGUGGCAGCAUUAUGCUGUGGGGAUGCUUCUUAUCAGCAAGUAUUGAGCUACAUGUUAAAAUAAAAUGUAUUAAGUUGGUAGGUGCGAAAUAUUGGAUAACAUUGCAUAAGAACCUGCUUCAGGUUGCAAAAAAAUCUGAAGCUUUAUUUUUCAGCCAGACAGUGAUCCCUAGGACAAGGCCAAAGCAACACUGGAGUGAUUCAAGAACAAGAAGGUGAAUGUGACCAAAUCAUAUGUAAAUGAUUUGAGACCAGGUCUCAAUCCCAUUGAGAAUCUGGGGCACUGAUUGAAAAUUGUAGUCCAAAAGUCUGGUCCAAUCAAACUGAAAAUCCUGGUCCAAAUCCCCAAUUAAGAAUGGGCCAAAAUCCCUCAGACAUUGUGUGCAAAUCUGUUAAUGCUUUUAUUUUUUAAAUUUAACUCGCAAUAAUUGAUUUUGUGUUAUAUGUUUUAAAAUAAAGUAUA